GAAAUACGUUUUUAUCAUAAUUGCAUCCCCACUCUCUGACACUGUCUUUUAUUCCCAGUUUCGUCGUUGUUGCUUCCAUUCAAGAAAUUUCUCAGAGCCAAAGCUCUCUCCUUUUUUUAUCUGGGGCUAAAGAAGCACUGGUGACUGAAGUUGUGAGGAGGGCUUUCCUUGAUUCAUGGCAUUUGAGCACUACUUUUCCCAGGAACUGAAAACCAUCCCAAAUGCUGUGACAGAAACAGAAAAUUCCAAUGGUUGUUUUGAUUGCAACAUUUGCUUAGACUCUGCGCAUGAACCGGUAGUCACAUUCUGUGGCCACCUUUACUGCUGGCCAUGCAUCUACAAGUGGCUGCAUGUCCAAAGUGAUUCUCUUGCACCUGAUGAGCACCCACAAUGCCCUGUUUGUAAAGCUGAUAUAUCCCAUACCGCAAUGGUCCCACUGUAUGGCCGGGGCCAGGCCCCCCCUGAUGGGAAGAUAUCCUGUUGUGAUAUUUUUACACCACCAAGACCAUCUGCUUCAAGUGUUCAAGCUCUGUUGGCAACAUCAUCUCAAAGGGGUCAGCAGCUUCCAUAUCGCAAUCCUUAUCAGGGUCAAUAUUUCAGCCCUCCUCUAUACCAAGAAGGGGAUGCCACCUCACAAAUGCUCAAUCUUGGUGCCACCAUGACUCCAGGAUCCCACCACCCUGUGGUUGGGAUGUUUGGGGAAAUGGUUUAUGCCAGAGUGUUUGGAAACUCAGAAAAUUUGUAUGCCUACCCGAAUUCUUAUCGGCUGAUGGGAAGGAAUAGCCCUAGAUUGAGAAGGCGAGAAAUGCAGGCAGACAAAUCAUUGAACAGAAUUUCAAUUUUUCUCUUUUGCUGCUUUCUUCUUUGUCUAAUCGUUUUCUGAGUAGGCAGUUGAAAUUUAUUCUCCUUUUUCCUUUUGUAUAAUUUGCAAAGAAGCAUGGAUGCAAGCUUUAAGAACUUGAUAGAUUGAGUGAUUUAUCAUUGGCUAAAGAACUUUAUGUUCUUUCUACAUUUAGUACACACUAAAUCGGAGUUCCCUAUUGCAGAAAGCCACUAUCUGUGUAUGUUAUACCUUU